UAGCCCAAGAGAAACUCGGCUGCUCCGGGCGUAAAAGAGCCGGUUGCGCGGCUUCCUGCAGGAGCGGGCGGGGCCGUGGGAUGCCUGGCGGGGUGCGGUUUUUCAGCUUCUUCUCCAGGCCUUGUGGAAGACGCGUUUUUGUUUUUUCUGCCCGGCGGCCGCCGAACUCCCCCCAAAAACCAUGAGCGGCUCUGGCCCAGACAAAGAGGAACCCCCGAAGAGCGAAGUGGAGAGCAAAACGGAGCUUCCCCAAGAGGAACCCGACGGGGCUGAGAUGGACUGGGAGGCGGCGAGGAUUGCCUACGAGAGCCUCACCAGCACCAAGAGACCCCGGCCGCCCAAGCCUCAAAAUGCCAUCACCAUUGCAGUGUCUUCCCGAGCUCUCUUCGAUAUGGUGGAGGAAAGGAAAAUUUAUGAAGAGCAAGGUCUGGAAAAGUACGUGGAAUACCAACAGGCCAACGAGAACGUCACUCUGAAACCUGGCCCUGCUUUUGCCUUUGUCAAGGCGGUGGAACAUGUAAAUGCACGACUUCGUGAAUUAUAUCCUGAUGAUGAAGAACUGUUUGAUAUUGUGCUCAUGACUAAUAACCAUGCCCAAGUGGGAGUGAGACUUAUCAACAGCAUAAACCAUUACGGUCUUCUAAUUGAACGGUUCUGUAUGACUGGAGGCAAGAGUCCCAUUGGAUACCUGAAAGGAUACCUUACCAAUCUGUAUCUUUCUGCUGACUCUGAAAAAGUCCAGGAAGCCAUCGAAGAAGGAAUUGCUGCUGCCAUUUUAUUUUCUGGUAAUAAAAAUGUGCCUUAUGAUGAUAAACAACUCCGAGUAGCCUUUGAUGGAGAUGCUGUUCUUUUUUCUGAUGAGUCUGAAAUCAUUGUGAAAGAACAUGGCCUGGAUAGGUUUUUUGAGCAUGAGAAGAUCCAUGAGAAUACACCUCUGGCGAAGGGUCCUUUGAAAUGUUUCCUGGAAGACCUUGGAAGGCUCCAGAAGAAGUUUUACCUAAAGAACGAACGGUUGGACUCACCAGUCAGGACUUAUCUGGUGACAGCCAGGAGUGCUGCCAGCUCUGGAGCCAGAGUGCUGAAGACACUUCGAAGCUGGGGAGUGCAGAUUGACGAAGCCCUCUUCCUCGCAGGGGCACCCAAGGGUCCAAUCUUGGCAAAAAUCAGACCUCACAUUUUCUUCGACGAUCAGAUGUUUCACAUUGAAGGAGCACAGCAGCUGGGCACUAUUGCUGCACAUGUACCAUAUGGCAUCGGACAGAAGUACCACAAAUCCAAACUGAAAGAGAGCCCAGCCAAAAAUUAGUUCGAUUUACCUUGCACAUAAUUUCACUGUUAAGUUUAAUAUUUUCACAUGUGGAUUUCUAUCAAUUGAUGGGAGUUAUUGGGGGUGGGGGGCACAUUUUGAUAUUCACGUUCUUGUACAAAUAAUAAAACACUUUAAAUGCUACAAAGCAUAUUUGUUUUUAGACAUUUCUAGCUUUGACUUAUUUAACGUCAGGAAAUAAAGCUAUGAAAUGUGUACAAUACAGUGCAGAGUUUAAUAAACAAUCAUUGCUAUUGCAAACCAACCACUGCAAUAAAAUUAUCAGUUUUAUGAAAUUUUGCUUAUGUUGUUGCAGAAGCAAGCAGCCUGUAGAGCUGGGGGCAGAUUUAAACUUUUCUGAACAUACUUACAAAAAGGCUGCAGCGAAAAGCUUCCCUCUUCAAAAAAUGGCUGUCCUCUGACAUGGCCAAUCACAAAACAACCACUUGCCAAAGAUGAAUGUGCCCCAGCACUCCCUGGCUUAUUCCAGUGAGCCCCAACAUAACUAUUGCAAAGAAGUGUUAAGAGAAGCUUGCGUUGUGCAUUACAGCAUGGCAGAUUAACAGACAGACAGAUGGUAGAUGGAUAGAUACCUGACAAAUAGGUUUUAAAAGUUAGAUGGGACCAGGAAACUAUGUUGCCUCCUACUAGAUACUGUAUUGUAAGAUACAGUCUGUCAGACCCUGUAGGCUCCCAGUAGAGGGCAUGAUCAAUAGUGUAGAAUGCAAUUUAGGUGGCUAAGCUUAUAUUCUUGAUACAGCUGAUGAUCUAUAUCAGUGUUUCGCAACGGUUGCCAUUUUAAGAUGUCUGGACUUCAACUCCCAGAAGCUUCUGUGCAUGCACAAAGACGUCCAGCUGCUACCG